CUCGAAACGCCACUCGACCAUUUGCUGCUAGUUGGAAUGCCAGCGACCGCCACCGACGUCCGUAUCGCGACCCUGUGCACGCUCGCGCUGUACAUCAAGUACUUUGUGACGUUGACGAUCCAAGGGAGCACCAAAUUCAAGACGGCGAGUCGCCCUCCAGAGGACAUGUCGUUUGCGGCGUCGUCGGCGCCGCAGCAACGGGCGUUCAUUCCUGAAACAUCCGAGGAAGACCUCGAAGCUGCCAAGGCCAGGGAAGCUCGAUGGAGCCGCAUUCUAGGCAACGACGUGGAAAACCUCCCGUUUGGGAUCAUCAUGGCAUGGGUUGCAAUCGUUGCGGGCGGGAAUGGAACGGUCACGAGUGUCGCAUUCAUCCUCUACACCGUGUGUCGCAUUGUCCACACGAUUGCAUUUGCCAAUGCUGUGUUUCUUCCUCGAACCAUCGCGUUCCAAGUUGGGGUUGUCUCGACAGUCGUGCUCUCCAUCAACGCUAUUGCAGGGUCAUUCGCUUGAUCAUCGUGACAACGAGUGCUUGAAGACGGCGAUUCCUUCCCAUACUCGACGCACCAUGCCGGCUUGUAUGCGCGAAACUAUGCGGAAAUGGCCAAGUUGCAGCGACACGAUUGGAUAAAAAUAAAGAAUUCUCGAACCCGAUUGGCUGAUUCCACAA